AUGUUUUCCUUAUUCGCCAGCGAGAAGCCCCAGCCCAAAGCCGCCGAGGUUGCCAUCCAGAGGGUCUCAAACAUCACCGCCACCCAGCUGUCCCGCUUCGAGCGCCUUCCCAAGGUCCAGCGCUAUGCCAUCAUAGGCGCUGCCUCUGUUGGCGGACUGUCCAUCCUAUGGGCUUUGACUUCAUCUUCAAAGUCUGCCAGACGGCCUCCGAUUGCUUCUCCCAGGGAUUCCCUGCUACCAGAUCUGUCUCCCGAGGACGCUGCAGAACUUCCAUACCAUCCAGCUGCACUGCCCGGAGCCCGCGAUGUCGAUUCGCCAUGGGGUACUAUCCGCGUGUAUGAGUUCGGCCCCAGAGAUGGAGAAAAAGUUUUGCUCAUCCAUGGCAUCUCGACUCCGAGCAUUGCCUUGACUGACCUGGCACACAAACUGGUUGGCAGGGGCCGACGUGUCAUGCUUUUUGACCUCUUUGGUCGCGGCUACUCUGAUGGUCCUAACCCGGACACAACCAACUAUGACUCCAACCUCUUCACCAGCCAGAUCUUGCUCGCGCUACAAUCUUCGCCCAUCCACUGGUCGCAUUUCACCAUAGUCGGCUACUCUCUGGGAGGCGCCAUCGCUGCAGACUUCACAUCGUACUUCCCCUCGCUCGUCCGCGGGCUCGUCCUCGUCGCUCCUAGUGGGCUCAUCCGCAAAAACCGCAUUUCCAUUUCCAGCAAAAUGCUCUACAACAGCUCCUGGAUGCCGGAAUGGAUGGUACGCAAGUUCGUCGCAAGCAAACUAUGGACAGGACGCAAAGUAGUUGAGAGCGACCCUGAAGCAGUAGAGAAUGCCGAGACUACCACGGUUGCGAGCGAAGGAGACAAAACAUAUCUGAGCAGCAACCAAAUGCUCUUGCCAGGCAACCCGCACUCUACCGUUUCUUCCGUCGUGGAUUGGCAGAUACAAAACCACAAGGGGUUCGUGCCAGCCUUCAUAUCGACCAUCCGUCAUGCGCCCAUCCAGAAUCAACAAGAGCGCUGGGCCGUCAUCCGCGAAAACAUCGAGAACCGCGCCGGCCCACUAAAGGAAGUCUGGCUCAUUCUCGGCGAGACGGACCCCGUUAUCAACGCCGACGAAGUCACCGAGGAUGCAAGAGCAGUACUAGGUGAGGAAAACGUCAGGGUCAAGGUACUCGACGGUGUAGGCCACGAAGUCGCCAUCGAGCGAGCAGAUGACAUUGUCAGGGCCGUAAGAAGGGUUGGUAGUAAGCCCGAGGAGGUCAGGGAGCAACAGGAAGUAGCGCCUGAGGUGCCUGAAAAGGACCCGAAGCCUGAGAAACCCGAGAAGGCUGAGAAGGAAAAGAAGGACAAGAAGGAGAAGGAGAAGAAGAGCUCGAGUCGGAGGAAGCACGGAAGCUCACACGCUGGCUCUAGCGCGAAAUAG